UGAUAUCGAACGAUGUGCAUUGAAAUUGUUUAGAAUGAAGAGCUGCAUUGGUAAACGUUGACGUAGUUUUAAAAAUAGACACUAAAGGAGGACCUGUAAUAUAUGUAAAUUCAUUGCAUUGUGCGCCUUUGUCUUAGCGGUAAUGUUUUCUCUCGCGAUUAAAAAAUAAUUCGGUCAGUGGAUUUUCAUACGAAAGAAGACAUUUCGAAGAAUAUAUUAGCGAAAUUCAGUAACGAAAAACCAAUAAAGUGGAACUGAAAAUUUCGUGAACAAUGUUUUACGAUUAUUUUCUUGGGCUUUUAAUUUAAAUUUAAAUUAAGAAGUGUGUCCCGCAAAGCUUUAUUAUGCAACAUCUCUUUAUAGAAGCAUACAAUUCUUAAUUGUUCUGUAACUAAUGUCUUUGGAAAUAUAAAAAUUGAUUAAAAAUUUCAAGAAGUGCCGCAGUUUUAAAAAAAUUCUGCGAAAAUGGAGAGCGUUGACAAUAUUUUAGUCAUAAAUCAAGAAUUUUCUGCGGAUUCACCUGAUUCUAUAACAUUAUCGAGAGGGGAUCUAGUAGAAGUUUUAAAGACAAGUGAGAGUAAACCAUUUCCAAAAGGAAAAUUGCGUGACUUGAAGCCUGAGCUUAAUUCGAGAUGGUAUGUGAGAUUAUUUGGAUCAAACGAGAAUGGCAAAGAAGGCUGGAUUCCAACCAACAUAAUAGAUUUUUCCAAUGACUCUGUAUCUAUAUUUGGAAAUAAAGGAGAUGAUCCUGCUUUUCGAAGAAUAGCUACCGUUAGAGAACUCAUUGAAACGGAAGAAGAGUUCGGCAGAGACUUACAGAACAUAGUAGAUCGAUACAUUAAACCUUCUGACAAAGCUUCUGUUCCACGAAUUGUUCGCGAUAGCAAGGACAUUAUUUUUUCAAAUUUUCAACAAAUUGCAGAAUUUCAUAACUUAGUUUUGCUAGAGGGACUUAAAUAUUAUUCAGAGCAACCGAACAUGAUAGCAAAAACUUUCCUUAGACUUGAGAGAGAUUUCGACAAACAUGUUAAAUAUUGUGAAACUGAACCUAUCGCCCAGGCAUUUCUCGCAGAAAACAAAGAAGCAAACGAAUAUUUCCAGCAACUAUCAAACUUGAUAGAGGACGACAAGCGCUUAAGUGAACACUUGAAGUUACCGAUUCAACGAAUAAAUGAUUACCAGUUUUUACUAAAGGAAUUAAUAAAAUACUCACAGACAGUGUCAGAAAAUACUAAAGACUUACAAAAGGCUUUGGAAUUAAUGCUUAGCGUUCCCAAUAGAGCACUUCAUAACAAAUUUUUAUCUAGUAUAGAGGGAUAUAGAGGUAAUAUUUAUAAACUUGGACGAUUAUUAAACCACGACUGGUGGACUAUUCGAGAUUCUGCUCAGAAGUCACACGAUCGAUACUUAUUUUUAUUUAAAUCGAGGAUUCUAGUAACUAAAGUAAGAAAAAUAAGUGACGAACGAUCUAUUUUUAUUUUACAAAACGUUAUAAAACUACCUGAUUGUAAUGUUGAAAAUAAUGCCGUCGAAAAUCUGUUACGCAUAGAAGAAAAGCAAGGAAAAAAAGAUGCAUUUUUACCCCUUGUAUUGAGCCCACACCGAAAAGAAAUUCGCGAAAAAUGGUUUCAAGAAAUUAUUUCGCACCGUGAUGAUGAUUCGACAUUGCAAGAACACUUGGCUGACGAUCUACGCGUGGAUGCAACUCAAGUACUUCACGAAAACGAAUUACUUCUCCACUUGCCACAGAAAGCUGAAGCUCAUAAUCCCUAUUCUGGAAUAAAAGCCUCAGACGUAGCCCAAGAUUGCUAUUUAACUGAAGAAGAGAAGGCAAAAUACUGCGAGGACCAUAAUUUAACGCUUAAGAUUAAAAAUGAUUAUCGUGGGGAAAGGAAGAUAUUGGAAGAGACUGUUCAAUCAUCUUGUAAAUCUGAGAACGUUUUGAUAGACACUACAGCAAGUUGCAUAGAUGUAAUUAAAGAAAAGGUUUCAUCUCUGUCGACUGAAACAAGAGAUUCUACAAAUAUUUCGCAUGAACAAAUAACAAUUGAGCGAAAUUCUAGUCCAAACCAACAGAAAAGGGAUGAAUCGACCGAAAAAACAGAAUCGAUUAAUAAAAAAAGCGAUUUCACUGAAAUCACCCAACACUCAAUUGAUAUCGAAUUGAGAUCCGAUGAAAAGAAAGAAGCCGUUGUGAGUGCGACGUCACGGGAUUACGGCAGAGGAUCUUCAUACGACAAUUAUAGCGACAAUUUGGGAAGUACUGCAAGCUCAAGAUUGGAAAGAAGAAAACAAGAGGAUCACAGAUCUAUAUUUUCGUCAAGUCGUGCCGAGAGCAGAACAGAAGAUCGUUAUGGGUCCAGAAUUGAAACACGAUCGUCUUCUCGAAUGAUGGAGGAAAGUACUUUAAAAUCUGUAGAAAAGCCCAUUAUAACCAGAGCAGCUAAAAGCGUUCAAGUCCAACCUGGUGAAACUGCACAUUUUGAAGUGCAUUUCGCCGAAAAGCCAGGAUUAGUGACUUGGCUAAAAGAUAAUAAACCAUUGGAAGAUAAGCUUGCCGACCGCGUUAUCCAAACAGAGGCUACGAUGAAUUCGUAUCGCUUGGAUAUCAAAAACUGCAGUGAAUCCGACUCAGGAACAUACACAGCAAAAGCAACAUCUGGCAUUGAAAGUACAACGUGUUCCGCUCAGCUAGCAGUGGGUCAGAUUCCCGGACAUGAUGAAUCAAAAACAAAUGUGGCGCCAGUUUUCCUUGUGCGGCUCAAAGAUAGUGAAAUGCUUGAACAGUCGCUUUUCCGGUUUAUGAUUAAAGUGAUGGGGGAUCCAAGACCCCGAGUAAAAUUUUUUAAGGACGGAAAAGAAAUAUUGGAGGACGAUAACCGAAUACAAAUCAAUCGGGAAAAAGAUUACUUGGGAUACUAUGAACUGGUUUUGAAUGAUGUACAAAAAAUAGAUGCUGGCCUUUAUACUUGCAAGGCUACAAACAAAUAUGGAGAAGUUGAAUGUGAAGCAACGGCAACUACUGUAGAGGACAAAAAUCCAUUUGGAUCUUUGAGUGGUCAAAUUCUUCCGCCUGGAGAAAAGGCAACAUUCGUGUGGAAGCGUAAUGGCGCCGAGUUUGACCCGGAAGAAAGAUUCAAGGUUUUGUUCGGCGAAGAUGAAGAUUCAUUGGCCCUAGUAUUUCAACACGUUAAACCAGAAGAUGCUGGAAUUUACACAUGCGUAGCCCAAACCUCUACUGGCAAUAUUUCAUGCAGUGCCGAACUUUCUGUUCAAGGAGCGAUACAAACAUUGAAUAGAGAACCAGAGAAGCCCUCUUUGAUCAUCGACCAUCGCGAAGCUAACGCAAGUUUAGGAGGAACAGCAAUUCUUGAAUUACAAUGCAAAGGCUUCCCUAAACCAGGAGUUCAGUGGAAACACGAUGGUGAAGUUAUUGAAGUAGGUGAAAAACAUAAGAUUCUCUAUGCCGAUGAGGAAAGCAUGUCCUUAGUUAUUAAAAAUGUUACAACGGAAGACGCCGGUGAAUAUACCAUUCAAGCAAUGAACGAGUUGGGUGUGGAUGAGUCAUCGAUAAGCCUAGUUGUGAAAGCUGGACCUAAAAUCAAGAAAAUUAAUAAUGUAACCUGCUUUGCUGAGGCAACAAUCCAAGUGGAGAUGGAAGUCGAAGGUUAUCCAAAGCCUAUUAUUAAUAUAACAAAUAACGGCAGAGAUAUUAUUAACGAUAAAAACGUAAAAGUUUCUAGUAGUUCAAUAGGAAAAAGUACAGAGAAAAUUGUGUUAGAAAUUUCUAACAUAGAGUUGAGCCAAAGUGGAAACUAUUCAAUUCGAGCUACCAAUGAUUUAAGUCAAUCAUCCGAAUACUGGCAGUGCAUUGUUAAAUCAAAACCAAUUAUUGUAAAGCAUUUAGAAGAAGAGUACGUUUAUGGGGAGAAGGAGACUGUCAUCAUGAGUGUUAAAAUAGAUGCGUUUCCGGAGGCUAAAGUUCGGUGGUACCAAGAUGGAAAUGAAAUUAAUGUCACUAAUAGCAAAAAAUAUAGCACUUCUGUUGAUGGAAAUGAAUACGUGCUUAAAAUAAAGGAAGUAUCGCGCGUUGAUUCUGCUAUAUACACAGUAAAAGCUGAGAACGAACAUGGCUCCGCAUCCAGCGAAACAAAAUUAUUAAUAAAAUGCACUCCAGAAAUCACAAAGAAGCUGACAAAUAUUACAGUCACUGAGGGUGACUGCAAUGUGGAGUUGGAAGUUCGUGUCAAUGCUUAUCCGGAACCUAAAAUUACGUGGUAUAUAGAUGGUAUAGAGAUCGAUGAAAAAAGAAAAGAUUUUCGUCGCAUUGAAGAGAAUAAUACAUACAAACUAGUGCUGAAAGAAGUCAACACAUCAAUGCAUGGCACAUAUUGCUGUAAAAUUAUGAACGACUAUGGCAGGCUUGAGAAUGAGUGCCAAGUAACAGUAAACUGCAAACCGAAAAUUAGGAAACCAUUAAAGGAUACUGAAGUACAGGCAAAUGGAACACUUACUUUAGAAACAGAUAUUUAUGCAGUACCUGAGCCAACUGUUAAAUGGUUUAAAGAUGGAAGCGAAGUUCAAGCUGAUGGACGCGUAAAAAUCGCACGAGACUCGUAUCGCACUGAGGAUUAUUCCUUAUCGCUUACGAUUUGUCAGCCAAAGGAUGCUGGUACUUACGAAGUAAAAGCUAUAAACAGCAUUGGAGAGAGCCAGUCGCAGUGCAAAGUGCUUGUUUUAAAGGAGCUAGUCACAAAAGACGAAGUUGAUGCAGAAACAGAAACAGAACAAAACGUGGAAAACGGGGCAAUUCCUGAGAUCCAGCAUGCGGACAUUUUGGAAAAACACAGUUUCGAAUCAGUGCCAUUAAAAUAUGAGAUUAUUGCUAAAGGCAUCCCCAAACCAGAAGCUGUGUGGUACCAUGACGGCAAGCCAAUCCAAGCGGACGCACAUGUUGCUACUAUCGUUGACGGAGAUAAAUAUAGACUGGAAAUCAAAGAACUGCAGCUUAGUGAUGCCGGUGAAUAUAAGGUGGUAAUCAAAAAUAAAGUUGGAGAAAAGUCAUUACAAGGCGUUCUUUCCUUGUCUGGUGUUGCCGAGUACCGAAAACCUAUUCUAAAGAGUGGCUUACAUGAUAUUACCACUCAUAAAGGAGAAUCGUUAGCAAUUCCAAUCGUAUUCACAGCAGAUCCUCAGCCUAAAAUUACUUGGCUUAAAGAUGGAAAACCAUUGAAAGAGCAAGAAAAUAUCAAAAUAAAUGAGACUGUAAAGGAGAUCGAAAAUGGUCUUAAAGAAUACACAUAUACUCUAAAUUUUGAUGAAAGUCAACACAAGGAUUCUGGACGCUACGAAUUGCAGAUAAAAAAUAAAUAUGGCGAAUUAAGUACCAGUGGUUGGAUUGAUGUUUUAUCUAAGCCAGAAAUUAUCGGCCUUAAAGAUCAAAGUUGUCUUCCAAAUGACACUAUUGCUUUCGAUGUCAUAGUUCAUGCGAAUCCAAAGCCUAAAGUUACAUGGACUCGAGGAAAUGAGAAUCUUUGUAACAAUGAAAAUUGCGAAGUUAUUGCCGACAUAGAUGCCGAUAAAUAUAGACUAGUGUUCCAAUGUGUAAAGCCUGCGGAAGAUGGAUUAUAUACGCUGACUGCAGUCAAUGACCAAGGCACAACUUCAACGAGCUUCAAACUUAAUGUAAAAGUCGAAAAGCCAACAUUUGUAAUCUUACCGGACGACCAAUCAGUACUGGACUAUCACCCGGCCAUAGUUGAUGUUUUAGUUCAUGGCAUACCAAAGCCAACUAUUGAAUGGAAAAAAGGAGAUAAGACGAUUCAGGAUGGAACAAAGAGCGAAAAGGGCAGCGAAGAACCGUAUAAAAUACAAUACUCCUCCCCAGAUACAGAUCAAUUAGGCAGCAAAUUGGAAAUAUCUCAUUUCAAACCCACCAAUGCUGGCACGUAUGUUGUUGUUGCUAAAAACGAAAUUGGUUCCACCGAGGUGCAGUUUAAACUUUCUUUGUUGGAGUUAGCUCCAUCAUUCGAGUCCAAGUUCGAUAAUGCUAAAGAAGUACAACAAGGAGAAGAUCUCGUUUUACAAUGUAAGGUGGCCGGAAGUCCUCUUCCUCUGAUACGUUGGUUCAAGGAUGGUGAAGAAUUGAAACCAAGUGAGCACGUAAAACUCUCCUCCUCGCCCAGCGGUAUUAUAAAAUUGGAAAUAUCAAAUAUUCAACCAAUUGACUCUGGUGCAUACAAAGUAGUCAUCUCGAACCCACUUGGCGAAGUUUCGUCUUUAUGUGCAGUUGCUGUAAAUCCUGGAGCACAACAGCCGUCCUUCGUCAAACCACUAGGAGAUGUUAAAGUUUCUGUUGGCGAACCUUUAAAAUUAGAAGCGCAAGUAGUUGGCUUCCCUGCACCAGAAAUAAAGUGGCUGAAAAAUGGAAUUGCUCUACGUCCAAGCAAUAGCAUCAAUUUCAUAAACAACCCGAAUGGACUCAUUGGUUUGAGCAUUGAUGAAGUGCAGCCUCAAGAUGCUGGGUUAUAUAAAUGUUUGAUAGUAAACAAAGAAGGCGAAAUGGAAGGAAGCUCUAUGGUAACUGUAGUUCCGAAGGAGAAAGAACCGGAGUUUAUAACAGAGAUACAUGACACCAAUUGCAUUGAAGGAUUCCCUGUAAAAAUGCAAAUAAAAGUAGCUGCCAAUCCUCCACCAAGUGUUAAAUGGUUCCAUAAUGGCCAAGAAAUUCUUCCUGCCAAGGGUCAAUACACCUUUAUAGAAAAUCCUGAUGAUACUUGCAGCAUGGUUAUUGAAGAAGCCACAUUGAAAGAUUCUGGUUUAUAUGAAGUAGUUGCCUCAAAUGUAAAAGGUGCGGCCUCUUCUAAAGCAAGAUUACAUGUCGCUUUGAAAACAGAUGAAUCAAUGCCAGAAGAACCUCCUCAAUUUGUAUCGUCUCUAAGGGAUGUAAAUGCAAAUGAAGGAGAUGAGAUGAAUAUAUCUGCAGCAUUUGUGGGCAAUCCCAUACCAGAAGUUAUUUGGUCAAAAGACGGAAGCCCUCUCUCCAAUGGUGACCGCUUCUUAAUUGCUUGUGAUGGCAAACACGUUAGUCUAAAUAUAAAUCCCGUUGAAGCGAGUGACUCGGGCAUAUAUAAUUGCCUCUUAGCUAAUCCUUUGGGCGAAGAUUCCUCAGCUUGCGAGGCUAACGUACGAAAAGUUUACAAAAAACCUCUAUUUACUCAAAAGAUAUGCGAUCAACAGCAAUUACUUGGCACUGAUGCAAAAAUAGCCGUCACCGUUUCUGGUGUACCAUAUCCAGAGCUAUCAUGGUACUUCCAAGAUAAACCAAUUACAGCUGACGAUAAAUAUCAUAUAGUUAACGACGGUGAUAACCAUGCAUUAAUAAUAAGAAAUUGCCAAAUGAACGAUCACGGUGUUUACAAAUGCGUCGCCAAAAACAGGGAAGGCUCUGAUGUUACACAAGGCCGGAUGGAUAUAGUGAAUGAACUGAAAAAACACGUUCGCUCUGAGCCUCCAGCAUUCCUAAAGAAAAUUGGUGAUUGUGAAAUUUAUCCUGGAAUGACCGCAAAAUUCACAGCAUGCGCUACAGGAAGUCCGGAACCUGAAGCAGAAUGGUUUAAGAAUGACCAAAAACUCUUCCCAAGUGAAAAAAUAACUAUGGAUCACGAACCCAAUGGAUUACUGCGGCUUACUAUAAAAGAUGCUGAUGACAGUGAUGUUGGCCGCUACUCCUGCCAUAUAUUCAAUCCGUAUGGAGAUGAUACAUGUCAUGCACAUCUACUAUAUGAUGAAAUUGACGACCACAGCCGAAAACCUCUUGCAGAGCAAUAUAAGGAUUUGAACAAGUACAAAAGGACAGGCGCUCCUACUCCACUUACAGAUAGACCUAUUAUAUCGCGUAUGACUGACAAUACUUUGAGGUUGAGCUGGAAACCAUCGCUAUUAGCAUCACCACGUUAUCCUGUAACAUACCUGGUAGAGAUGAUGGAUUUGCCCGAAGGAGAUUGGCGCACUGUUCACACAGGAGUUCGAAACUGCGCGUGCGAUAUUAGGGGACUUGAACCUUUCCGUGAUUAUCGAUUCCGCGUACGAGUUAAAAAUAAAUAUGGAGUUAGUGAUCCCAGCCCAUAUGUACAAACAUACAGGCAAAAAAUAAUACCAGAACAAAAGAAAACUUACACAUACUUGGCACCUGGUGUUGACUUUAGACCGGAAACAUCUCCUUACUUCCCUAAAGACUUUGAUAUCGAGCGACCACCCCACGAUGGACUUGCGCAAGCUCCACAAUUUUUACGACGAGAAAGUGACUCAAUUUAUGGAGUGAAAGGUCAUAACGUCGAGUUAAUGUGGUUUGUGUAUGGAUAUCCAAAACCAAAGAUGACAUACUAUUUCGAUGACACACUCAUAGAACCGGGUGGAAGAUUUGAUUAUAGUUACACACGGAAUGGUCAGGCAACACUCUUCGUAAACAAGAUGCUUGAACGCGAUGUUGGAUGGUACGAAGCCGUAGCAUCGAAUGAGCAUGGCGAAGCUAGACAACGGGUCAAGUUGAAGAUUGCAGAUUUUCCACGAUUCUUGAAGCGACCAGAUGAAACCUUUAUUAUGAUGAGAAAGAACGGACGCUUAGAAGCGCACAUAGUUGGCGAACCUACACCAGAAAUCCGAUGGCAUAAAGACUGGCAACCGUUAGCUGAUAGCUCCCGUAUUAGGACCAAUUUCUACGAACCUAAUAUUUAUGUACUCUCAAUUAAUGAUGCAAUUAUUAAAGAUGCAGGACUGUAUUCAGUCAGUGCGCGUAAUGUGGCUGGGUGCGUAAGCACUUCGGUUAUGGUUCAUAUAGAAGAAGAUGAGGACGCGUACAUAUAUAAAACAUAUGGAAGACAUCCAUACAUUCGUGCAAAACAAAGCCGUUAUAACGAUAAAUAUGAUAUCGGUGAUGAACUGGGUCGUGGAACACAAGGUAUCACAUAUCAUGCUGUUGAACGAGCAACUGGUGAUAACUACGCUGCGAAAAUCAUGUACGGCAGACACGAGUUACGACCAUUCAUGCUUAAUGAGCUAGACAUAAUGAAUUCCCUCAAUCAUAAAAACUUGAUUCGCCUACAUGAUGCGUAUGAUCUCGACAAAAAUGUUUCCCUGGUUAUGGAGUUGGCAGCUGGUGGAGAACUUGUUAAAGAUAAUUUACUUUUGAAAAAUUACUACACUGAACGAGACAUCUCAUACUAUAUAAGGCAGUUGUUAUGGGGAUUAGAUCACAUGCAUGAUCACAGUAUAGGUCAUAUGGGACUAACGAUAAAAGAUUUGCUGAUAUCUGUUGUAGGGAGUCGGGAUUUGAAAAUCUCAGAUUUUGGUCUCUCGCGCAAGAUAAACACUCACGCUCUCACAACCUUAGAUUUCGGAAUGCCUGAGUAUGUUUCACCUGAAGUGGUUAAUAAAGAAGGUGUUGGAUUUGCUCACGAUAUGUGGGGAGUGGGAAUAAUAACAUACGUACUACUUAGUGGACGGAAUCCUUUCAGAGGAUGUGAUGACUACGAAACACUAUCAAAUAUUCGUGAAGGACGUUGGGGAUUUAAUGAUUCUAUUUGGUCACAUAUAUCCGACGACGGAAGAGACUUUAUUUCGCGAUUAUUGUCGUAUAGAGCAGAAGACCGCAUGGAUGUGAAAACAGCUUUAAAACAUCCUUGGUUCUUUAUGUUGGAUAGACAACCCACUGAUGAUGAAUAUCAAAUCACAACAGAUCACCUAAGGAGCUAUUAUGAUCAAUUUAGGGAUUGGAGUGGAAACGCCGCAUGUAAACAUUACUUCCGACGUAGGCGGCUCAGUGGUUGCUAUACUCAUCCAUCUAGAAUGGUAUAUCCUCCAGGUCAUUCAUAUACUCCUGAGGCCACACCGGAACCAUUACCAGAACCGAAGAAACGAUUCACGAAAAGAGAAGACGCAAUGUCCAAAUACUUGCAUCCUGAUUAUGAAUUGGGUCUAAUUCAGUCUGAAAGUCACUACCAAUAUGGACCAGAUACAUAUUUGCUACAACUUCGAGAUGUAAGCUUCCCAGUGAGAUUGCGUGAAUACAUGAAAGUCGCCCAUAGAAGGUCACCAUCCUUUGCCCUAAAUGACAACGUGGAUUGGUCUUUACCUAUCAUUCGAGAGCGUCGUCGUUUUACAGACAUUAUGGAUGAAGAGAUAGAUGACGAACGUGUUCGUAGUCGCAUAAAUAUGUACAGUUCAAAUGAUUCGUUCAGUAUUCGCAGACUUCGCACAGAAUUAGGUCCACGACUCGACGAAUACACUGAAGCGGAAGCUCUAAUUGAAAGUCAAAGAGAAGGAUGCCUUCCAUUCUUCAGGGAAAAACCACAGACUCUUGCAAUUGUUGAAUAUCAACCUGCACACAUUCAUUGCUUUGCAGUUGGUGAUCCAAAACCAAAUAUUCAAUGGUUUAAAAACGAUAUGGUUCUGAUUGAAUCGAAUAGAAUUAAAAUUGUUACUGACGAAGACGGGAGAUCAAUUCUGCGUUUCGAUCCCGCUGUACAUACUGACAUAGGAAUAUAUAAAGCUGUUGCUAGAAACUCACUGGGACAAACUGUGGCAAGGUGCCGUUUGGUUGUUGCUACCUUACCAGAUGCGCCUGAUUCGCCAGAAGUAUCUGGUGUUAGUGGUAAAGACAUUCUUCUUAGGUGGAAACAACCAAGAGAUGAUGGCCAUUCGACAGUUUUGUGCUACAGUUUACAAUAUAAAGAAUUCAACUCGGACAUAUGGACCACUAUUGCGGAUAAUAUUGAUCACGAGUUUUAUCUUGUACAUGACCUUCAGCCCAACACCAAAUACCAAUUUAGACUGGCUUCGCGAAAUCGUAUUGGUUGGAGUGAAAUGGGAAUCCCAUUGACAGCCGAAACAACAUCUGUAAAUUCACCUAAAAUACAUAUAUCAAAGGCAAUGGAACAUUUACAAAAACUAACAGAAAGCGGUCAAGAAAUCGUGCCAGAAGAAGAGCGCGUCCAUACUGACUACCAUUGUGAAUGUGAACCACCAAAUUGGAUAACUGACUCCAACGUAAAUGAAAAAUAUAGUUUCAUCUCAGAAAUACAUAGAGGAGAAUUCAGCACAAUAGUAAAAGGAGUUCAAAAAUCUACAAAUGCAAUUAUUGUAGCUAAAAUUUUUGAUUUAAAUGAAAAUACCGAACCACUCGUAUUAGAAGAAUUUGAAAAUUUCAGGACCUUAAGGCACGAACGGAUUGCAGCAUUAUUUGCAGCAUAUAAGCCAUUGAACGUUCCAUUAGCAAUUUUUGUGAUGGAAAAACUACAAGGCGCUGAUAUACUGACGUACUUCAGUAGUCGCCACCAAUACACCGAACAAAUGGUGGCCACCGUAAUAACUCAACUCUUGGAUGCACUUCAAUAUCUACAUUGGAGAAGUUAUUGCCAUCUCAACAUUCAACCCGAUAAUAUUGUUAUGGCUUCUGUACGCUCAGUACAAAUCAAGUUAGUUGACUUCGGAUCAGCUAAGCGGGUUAAUAAACUAGGAACAAAAGUUGCUGCAAGUUGCAUGCUUGACUUCCAAUCUCCCGAGAUGGUUAACGAAGAACCCAUAUUUCCUCAAAGUGACAUCUGGUCCGUUGGUGUAUUGACAUAUCUUUUGCUUUCUGGAAAAAGUCCAUUCCGUGGAGUUGAUGAAUACGAUACAAAGCAGAAUAUAUCGUUUGCCAGGUACCGAUUUGAGAAUCUUUAUAGCGAAGUCACUCCUGAAGCGACCCGAUUCAUCAUGUAUUUGUUUAAACGUCAUCCAACAAAACGACCAUACUCUGAGGAUUGCUUGGAACACAGGUGGCUCAUGUCUUCUGACUACAUGAUUAAAAAACGAGAAAGAGCUAUUUUCCUUGGCAACAGACUUAAGGAGUUCGCUGACAUGUAUAAGGAUAUGAAAGAAAGUCGUGCACAGUCGACCCAAGCAAUUACCCAGUCUUUAAAUGGAGGACCUACCGCGACCCAAUUAUUGCGUUCAAAUAGCAUUCAGGAGGAACUUUAUGCCACAUUCUAACAGUUUUCAACGCGCAGCUUACAUCACAACAUCCCUUAACUACUUACUUUAUAGAAACUUGACGCAUGUUUACAUUCAAUGUAUAGGGUGCGUGCGAGUACGGCUAAAUUACUACCUAAAUUAUAUUCUACAUAACUGGAAGGUGACGGUAACACGGUGAAUAGGUAUAAUAAGCCUAUUUAUCAACCAAAAUUGAACUGUCAAAUAUAUAUGAGCGAGUGGUGCAAUGAAAACAAUGAAUGUUAAAUUUGAAGUUAAAAUUUUUUAUUAUAAUGGGACCUGUAAAUUAAAAUAUAUUUUGAGUUAUUUUCGCAGAAUAUCCUUCUGUACAUAAAUGUCCCGGUGGAGUGAAUUCAGAAGGUGGCGAUAUCCGCGAACCGUUAUCCUGCCCUGCUAUCUGUGAAUUUGACAGAAUCAGCUGAUUUACUAAUUGAAUUUUUGUACUGUUUUUUUUUUUGUUGUAUUGUUUUUAAUUUCUAUUGUUGUUCAACGCUUAAACGCCGUUACGUCACAGAAACACUCUCCCGGAUAUCGCAGUCUUGUAAUCUAUCAUUAUUGAUGCAAAGACAUUUUCGAGAAUUCGUGGAUAAUGUCAAAAUUAUUAUAAUUUUUGAUUUGUUUUGUUUUUCUAACAAAAAAGUUAAUAUAGAAUUUAAAACUUACUCAUAGAAACUUCACUGUAAGUUUAACUUCAAAUUUUUGGUUCAACAUCCUCCUCUAGUUUGCUCAACGUCCUUCUCUUUUGGUUAAUUGUUUACUAUAUUAUUAAAUCCAAAAGUCAUCAUUAGUUUUAUUAAUUGAUUACAACAAUUGAAUUCAAACUCCGAAGCGAACAACGAUGCGUCAGAAUAAAAUCACACAGUUCCCUCGUCCGUUUUCCUAAAUUGCAGUAUUGACAAUUUCCAGUGGAAUUUCAAUUAGGUACUCGUACUACAAUUUAGGUUAACUCGCACACAGCCACAUCACGUUUGUACCGCUAUAUAAAAAAUAAACUUUCGUCACAUCUAUAAA